UUGAUCAUGAACAUCUCCAGCCAAAUUAAAAGAAGAGAAGUUAGAUCGAGUAUAUAAUAUAAGUGCUAGCUAGCUAGCUGAAGCUAUGUCUGGAGAAGCAGAUCGAACGAGCAUCGAGGAAGAGGUGGACACAGGAAAGGAGACUGCAGAGAAGAACCUGAUGAAGCCGAAAGACCCAAAGGUACCAUGGGCAAAGCUACGCCGCGUAGAUUCUCUCAAUUUAGAAGCUGGAAGAGUUUCUAUGGUUGCACACGAUCCCUACCAGAUGGAUUGGAGGACGACGCUGAGCUUAGCAUUUCAAAGCAUAGGGGUUGUAUAUGGUGAUAUUGGUACAUCACCACUUUAUGUGUAUGCAAGCACUUUCACUAAAAAAAUUAACAACACUGAUGACAUUCUUGGUGUCUUGUCUCUCAUCAUCUAUUCCAUUGUGCUCAUACCUUUGCUUAAAUAUGUCUUCAUCGUUUUGUGGGCCAACGACAACGGCAACGGUGGAGCAAUUGCACUCUAUUCGCUAAUCUUUAGGCAUAUAAAGAUGAGUUUGAUUCCAAAUCAACAACCAGAGGACAGGGAGCUUUCUAACUACAAACUUGAAACACCGUCUACUGAGUUUAAACGAGCCCAGAAACUAAAGCAGAAGCUUGAGGGCAGUCAUGUUGCGCGGAUUGUGCUUUUACUUUUAGCUAUAAUGGGAACUUCCAUGGUCAUAGGAGAAGGGAUUCUUACGCCAUCAAUUUCAGUCCUUUCUGCGGUAAGUGGGAUCAGUACAUCUUUAGGUCAAGAUGCUGCUGUGGGGAUCACUAUAGCAAUCUUGGCAGUCCUAUUUUAUGUGCAACGAUUUGGUACAGAUAAAGUGGGUUUCUCAUUCGCUCCAAUAAUUUUGGUGUGGUUUUUAUUCAUCGGUGGGAUUGGCCUUUACAAUUUAUUUAAAUAUGACAUUGGCGUAUUACGUGCUUUUAAUCCAAAAUAUAUAUAUGAUUACUUCAAACGGAACGGCAAGGAAGGAUGGUUAUCGCUUGGUGGAGUCUUUUUGUGCAUAACAGGAUCCCAGGCCAUGUUUGCUGACUUGGGUCACUUUAAUGUACGAUCCAUUCAAAUUAGCUUUUCUUGCAUUACAUGUCCUGCAAUAGUGGUUGCAUACAUUGGGCAAGCAGCAUUUCUACGGAAGUUCCCUGAGAAAGUGGCUAAUACCUUCUAUGAUAGUGUACCGGAUCCCUUAUAUUGGCCAACAUUUGUUGUGGCUUUUGCUGCUGCCAUUAUAGCCAGUCAGGCAAUGAUUUCAGGAGCAUUCUCUAUUAUAUCCCAGGCCAUAAGUCUAGGUUGUUUCCCAAGAGUUAGGGUAGUGCACACUUCCGUUAAACAUCAAGGUCAGGUGUAUAUUCCUGAGGUCAACUACAUGUUCAUGAUUGCAUGUAUUGUGGUCUGUGCUGCCUUCAAGACCACAGAAAAGAUUUGCCAUGCAUAUGGGAUGGCAGUUAUUGGUGAUAUGAUGAUCACAACAACUCUAGCAUCGCUUAUAAUGCUUGUUUUGUGGAAAAAGAGUCGGUGGCGCGUGGGUGUGUUCUUUUUGGGAUUUGGCUUCAUUGAGAUUGUUUAUUUCUCUUCUCAACUAACCAAGUUUACAGCAGGAGGGUAUCUUCCAAUUGUAUCAGCUAUGUUCUUGACGGCGGUGAUGGGAAUAUGGCAUUAUGUGCACAAAGAAAGAUACAUGUUUGAACUGAAAAACAAGGUUUCAAGUGCGUAUUUGAAUGAAGUGGCCAACAACCCAGACGUAAGGCGAGUGCCCGGAAUAGGACUUCUGUACGAAUUGAUACUUGGACACUCCAACAUUCUAUUUAACCAUUAACACUUUUUCUUUUGUUUCUAUCUUUCUGUUAUUAUCACAUCAAAUAUGUAUCUUUUUCUUUUCUUUCUCGUCCUAGGUGUAGAUUAUCAUAUGAGGUGUGCACGAAAUAUUUGACUAAACAAAUAAGUGAAUCACAAGUUCAUAACAUCUAGGUAAUUUUGUGUGUAUCCAAAAUUGAGUCAAAUCUCAUGUUCUCAACUCAA